UUGGCUUCUGGGUUCCGCCAUGGCUGUGUCACCCAGCGCGGUUCGCCUGCAGCGCUGUGUGGUGUCGCCGGCCGGGAAACACAGUGCCUCGCUGAUCUUCCUGCACGGCUCAGGUCAUUCUGGCCAAGGACUGAGAGAGUGGAUCAAGACAGUGCUAAACCAAGACUUAACAUUCCAGCACAUAAAGAUUAUUUAUCCAACGGCUCCUUCCAGGCCAUAUACGCCUAUGAAGGGUGGGCUUUCCAAUGUGUGGUUUGACAGAUUUAAAAUCUCUAAUGACUGCCCAGAACACCUUGAGUCCAUUGAUGGAAUGCGCCAGGUGCUCACCGAACUGAUUGAUGAUGAAGUCAAAGGUGGCAUCCAGAAGAGCAGGAUACUAAUAGGGGGAUUUUCCAUGGGAGGCUGCAUGGCAAUGCAUUUAGCAUACAGAAAUCACCGAGAUGUGGCAGGAGUAUUUGCUCUUUCUAGUUUCCUGAAUAAAGACUCUGCUAUUUACAAGGACCUCCUGCAGGCUGACGGCACGCUCCCCGAGCUGUUUCAGUGUCACGGCACGGCAGAUGAGCUGGUUCUUCAUUCUUGGGGCGAGGAGACAAACUCAAAGCUGAAAUCUCUGGGAGUGAGUGCGGUCUUCCACAGUCUUCCAAAUCUUUACCAUGAUCUGAACAGAACUGAACUAGAGAGGCUAAAGUCGUGGAUUCUUACGAAGCUGCCAGGAGAGACUGAAGGGCAGAACAAAUGAAUCCUCACUGCCAUAUUGAAUUUUUUUCUUACACUUAGGAAUAUUUCCUUAUUUGAUCCUCACAAAAAUCAAUGUUUGUGAAACAUCCAGCACUCCCAUAUUAUUUGAGUGGAAUUUAUGAUAUCUGUCUGUUUUCUUUCAACAAAAUUGCCUCAAGAAUCACCCCGUUGUAAAUGUCAGCUGUAUUUUGUGGCUGCCCAGAUGCCUUUUUAUAGACACACUGUAGUUUGCUUGUCCAUUUACCGCAGAUUUGGGUCACUUCCUGUGUGUGACUGUCACAAGUAGGACUGUCGUGAGCAUCCGUCCUCACAGUGGUGAGGCUGGGCAGUGUGUUGUAUGGUGACCUGAACCUGUCUGGCUGUUUCUCAGUGUAGUUUUACCAUUUUCCAUCCCAGCCAGUAGGGUGGCCUCUGAUGCCCAGUUCUUCACCAUAAUUCCAAUUUGGCCAUUCUAUUGGCUGAGUAGUAUUUGGUUUCUAUAGUGUUUGAUCUGUAAGACAGGGUUGAUUUCCAUUUUCUUAGUGCCAGUAAUGUGAUACAGAGUCCUACACUGGAGGAUUUUCCCACAUUUGUGAAGAAUCAGUUUGUCCUCCCCAGUUUGUUUCUAGAUUCUUUAUGAAAAGUGAUUUACUGUUAAAUUAUAAGAAUAAAAUACAAAUAAAUUUACUUAUUAAAAUUUCUAGUUCCAUAAAGGGUAAUAUGAUCAUAUUAAAGAUAGAAUUAAUUGAGAUCAAUAUCUGGCAUUGUUUUUUAGAUGAGUUAUUAUAUACACUUAAGGAUCUUUAAGUACUUUAAAACAAACAUACAAAAUAAUAAGUCUUUUCAUGGUUUUCACACCCUUGUAUUGUACUUUGCUCACAUUUUUUUCCUCAUAAGCCUCCCCGCACCUCUCCCCACUGGUCCACUUACUCAUGUCAAAUAGUCCCUUCUGCUUUCAUUUUAUGUACAGACAUAUGCGUGUGUGUGUGUGUGUGCGUGUGCAUGUGGGUAUGUGUGUGUCUGUGUUGCUUAUGAGAGAACACAUGAUAAUGUGGCACUUGUUCUUCACCACUGAGCCAUCUCUCCAGCCCAGGGUCAACCCAAUAGUAAAUGAAUAGUUCUUUCAAAAGUGGGAGUGACAGCUACAUGAGGGAAUCAAAGUCCAAACUCUUUGGUAUACCUCCAAGUAGAAGCCACCUCCCUUUGUCAUAUUGACAACCUCAGUUAUACAGACUAGGAAUUCCAAGAUCAAGACACAGGCAGAAUAAAUGAUCUGGUAAAGACUUGAGACUUGGCUCAAGAUGGUGCUUUGCCACAUGAUGGGGGGGGGCAACAAACACCAGGGUGUGGUAUUCGGUACUUGUUUCAUUCUUGGACUUCACAAGAACUGGGUGAAUGGUUUAUGUUGGUUCAUACAUGGAAGAUAGCUGGAAACUACCUGGUGUCCGGAAGAGCUCUUACCUUUAAGUGGGACUUCUAUAUAUAACUCUCCCCACAAGGCUAGGGCGUCAUGUUAGAAGAGGAAGAGGAAAGAUUGUUAGAGCCAGAAGUAGUGGACAUCUGCAGUUAAACUAUUUCCUAAAAUAUGGCAGGACCAUUGUACACAUAAACUCACAGCAAUGCAUUCACAAGAUAAGCCAGCAAAAAUCCCAGCAUGAAUGGGAGGGGUUCACAAAGUUCCACCCCUAACUGGGGAGAUAUUAGCAACUGGUGAUUGCUGGGAAUGAAGCUUUCUUCAGACAUGAAGCCCCCGAGAGCCUGCCCAUGCCCCUACACCCAUACACAGAAGGCAGUACUACGAGGACUCAAAUGAUUUUUCAAAACAAGAAUGUCCAAUGUGAUGGAAAGACAAGAAGGACAUAGAGGGAAAGGAUUGGGGGAUAUAGUUGACUGAACGCAUUGUAUACAUGUGCAAAAUUCUAAAGCAAUAAAGA